CGUACAGCUCUGGAUCUAACCUGGGACAAACCUGAACCCAUACAGCUCUGGAUCUGAUCUGGGACAAACCUGAACCUGUACAGAUCAGGAUCUGACCUGGGACCGUCCUGAGUCCAGACCAAAGCUCCUCAUCUCCUGUCUCCUGUGUACGAGACAUCGAAUAAUUGGUUUGACAUAUUGAAGAUCUCAGCUGCUAGAAGCUUCCAGCAGAACACAAACGUUCUGUUUGUGUCUGCGGACUAUCCAGGACGCCAUGGCGACCCACCCAUCACAGUCCUUCCUGGUGGGUGUGUCUGAUGAUGAGGACGAGGUUGAUGGAGCUCAGUGGACGGAGCUUAGGUCUGCAGCUCUGGAGGAGGAUGAGGCGGGACCUAGUUGUGACAUCAGAGUGUCGGUGCUGCGAUAUCACCAUGGUUACAGGAGAAGCUGCGUGCAGAUGUGUAUAGGCGGAGUCAUGUUUGCAGCAGCUUUCCUGUUGGCCUUUGUCAUCUUCAGUGGGCGGAGUCAAUGCUCCCAGGUGGGGCAGGAAGGUGAUCAACAGGGGGGUGGAGCAAGCACUACUGCAGAUGGAGGGGCGGGGCUUUACUUGGGAGAGCUGAGGGAGAUGAUGAACGAGCUGCUGCAGGAUGAAGACAUCCACAAGACUGCCAGUCGAGUCAGCAGGGCAUCUCAUCCUCCGGGUUCCUCAGAGGGAACCUCUCUCGCCUCAGAGAUCCUGCACCGCUUCCGACAGCUGCAGAUGGACCACACCUGGACUGAGUCUCUGCACGCCACGCUGCAGUUCCCCGACAGGACUCAGAGGAGCUCUCUGCAGCUGCUGGACUCUGCCGGUCUGGUCUCUGAACAGAUUCCUCUGAACCCAUCUGACUUCUGUCCGUACAGCGCCACGGGCAACUACACGGGGGGUGUGGUUUACGCCAACUACGGUCGGCCAGAGGACUUUAACUGGCUAAAGAGUGUGGGUGUGUCUGCCAUCGGCUGUGUGGUAGUGAUGCGUGUUGGGGGCGGAGUCAGCUUUGCUGAGAAGGUCUGGUUGGCUGAGAGGAACGGCGCAGGUGGAGUUCUGAUCUACCCCGACCCUGCUGACCUGCCGCAGGACCCCCGCCGCCUCGGACUGAACUCACAGACCGCCGUUUCUGAACAUGUGCACCUGGGCUCAGGUGACCCCUUCACACCCGGCUUUCCCUCCUUCAGUCACACUAAGUUCCUGCCCAUUCCAUCCUCCGGCCUGCCUCGCAUCCCAGCCCUGCCCAUCACUGCCGCUGUGGCAGCAAAGCUGCUGAGUCAGCUGACCGGUCCGCCCUGUCCGCCGUCGUGGCGCGGUCGGCUGCCAUAUGUCCGCUGUGUGCUCGGUCCAGACUUCAGCUCUGGACGAAGAGUCCACAUGUCAGUCCACAACGUGAUGACACCUGUCCUCCUCAAUAACAUCUUCUCGUCCUUGGAGGGCCGCGUGGAACCAGACCAGUACAUCAUCCUGGGGGCUCAGAGGGACUCGCUGGGUCCAGGAGCUGUGAAAUCUGGGGUCGGAACAGCGAUCCUGCUGGAGCUCGCCCGGACCUUCUCAGCCAUGACAAAGAAGGGUUUUAGUCCGAGACGCAGCCUGUUGUUCGUCAGUUGGGAUGCAGGAGACUUUGGGAAUGUUGGAGCGACUGAAUGGCUCGAGGGUUACCUGUCCAUGCUCCACCUGAAGGCUGUGGCCUACUUCAGUCUAGAUCAGGCCAUCAUGGGUGAUGAUGUCUUGUCAGCGUACACCAGUCCUCUGCUGGUUGACCUACUGGAAUCUGCCAUCAAACAGGUGGAGCAUCCCAGACAUGUAGGUCAGACCAUCUACAGCCAGGCUGAGAGAGAUGGAGGCAGCUGGAGGAUAGUGAAGCCUCUGUACCUGAACAGCGGAGCCUACAGUUUCACUGCAUUCGCAGGAGUUCCAGCCAUAGAGCUCAGAUUCACUGAGGAGCGAGCUUAUCCGUUCGUCAAUACGCCAUUGGACACCAUCUCCCGCCUACAGGAAGUGCUGGGGGGGCGUCUGCAGGUGGCUGGGCGGAGCCUCGGGCAGUUGGUGGGGGAGAUGGUGCUGAGGUUAGCCCAUGAUCACAUCCUGCCUCUGCGCAUCACUUCCUACGCUCAGACAGUACUGCAGUUCAGCGCUCACCUCAGCAAACAUGCCGCCGAACUGCAGACCAGAGGAAUCUCUCCUCAGUGGUUGUUCAGCGCUCGCGGGGAUUACAGCCGAGCAGCGGAGACGCUGCAGCGAGCCAUCGACUACAGCGACCUGCACGACCCGACCACCGCACGCUUCUACAACACUCGCAUCAUGAAGGUGGAGUACUACUUCCUGUCUCAGUACGUGUCUGCGAUGGAGACGCCAUUCCGUCAUGUGAUCCACGGCCGCGGCAACCACACUCUGAGCGCGCUCACUGAGCAUCUGGCCCUGCUGACCUCUGACCCGGCACGCUUCGACGAGAGUCGCUUCAGACGACAGCUGGUUCUGUUCACCUGGACACUGCAGGGAGCCGCCCACGCUCUGAACGGAGACGUGUGGAGCAUCCAUAACACACACACCUACACACACUGAUACACACACCUACACUAACACCGACACUGAUACACUAACACACACACAGUUACACACACCUACCCACACUGAUACAGACACCUACACACACGGAUACACUAACACACACACAGAUAUACACACUGAUACACACCUGCACCCACACUGAUACACACUUGCACACACAGGGUCCAGGCCAGGAUGCAGAGCUGCAGUCUUACUUCUCUGCUGCUUCUCAGGGACUAACGUCUGUCAAUAAAAA